AUGGAUCUGUCCCGGGACCAUCCGUCGGACUGGAGCUCAGUCCAGCCCAGCUUCUCUCCACUGCUGCAAUACGAUGGCUCUCAGGAAAGACUCAACCUUAACCACACUUCUAUUGUGUUGUCCUCCACUUUCAGCUCACCCACUGCCUCCCUCCAUCAACCUCUGCCCUCUCUGCUGCCCUCCUCCCUCAUCUCCUCUCCUUUAUUCUCCUCCUCCUCGACCUCAUCCUUUCCGCAAGCAUCCACUUUCGUCUACCAACCCUCAUCCUCCAACUUUCCUUUGUCCCUGCCCACCUUUUCUGCUAAUGACCUGGCAGACCUGGAGAGCAUGCUGCUCUGGACCCUCCACGAGCCCAGCACAAUCGCUCUGACCAUCAUGUACUGUCUGUCUUUCAUUUUGGGAUUUGUCGGGAAUUUAAUGUCCCUGCGCGUCCUCACCAACAGGCGGAGCCGGCGUCUAGCUGGUGUCAGCGCCACGCGCAGUCUCCUGGUGAACUUGGCGGUAUGUGACCUUGCCGUGGUGUGUGUGUGCAUGCCCAUCACCCUGGGAAACCAGAUCUACACUGCCUGGGUCUACGGUGAUCUCCUGUGUCGAGCCGUGCCCUUCACGCAGGCUGUUUCGGUCUCAGCCAGUGUGCUAACGCUGACGGUGAUCAGUGUGAAUCGUUACUACAGUGUUCGUUCACCACUGCGAGCCCGCUCCAUGUUUACCCGGCGUCGAAUCUUGGCAACCGUCGCAGUGGUGUGGACAGUUUCUUCGAUCAUGUGUGCUCCUAUUGCAGUGAUGAACAGGCGACGAGAGAUCAGCUUUGGGACAUUUGCCAUCUUGGUCUGUCAGGAGGAGUGGCCUCAGCAUCGCCUUAAACAAGGAUACAAUGUGCUGCUGUUUGUGAUGCUGUACUGCCUCCCUGUGACCUUUAACCUCACCAUAGGCUUCCUAACUGGAAGGCGGCUUUGGGGAGGGAGGAAAACCACUUUCGCUGAUCUUGAUCCACGCAGCCAAGCUCUGCAUGUCUCACGCCUCAAGACACGCCAGAAGAUCGCCAAGAUGGUUGUGUGUCUGGUGCUGCUGUUCGCAGUGUCCUGGCUACCACUGUACUUGGCUGACCUUUGGAUCGACUGUGAGGAAAGGCCACCAUCUUGGCUCCUGCAGACGCGGCCAUUUGCCCAGUGGCUGGGCCUGACAAACUCCAGCCUUAACCCCAUCUGUUACUGUUUCAUAGGCGAUCUGUACCGAUCAGCAAAGAUUAUACGGACGCGAUACUACCAGAAAGUCGCCGCUCUCUUUGGCUCCUCCUCAUUCUCCAGCUCAGCUACAGUGACGUCUCCUGUGUCAGUGAUUGCAGACAUCAAAGUGACUUCUGUUGAGCGCCACCAUAUUGCUGCUGCUGCUGUGGCAGCAUCUGCAUCCAUUGUUACAAUCCCAAGGCUGUUGAGCUUGGCUAGAGGCAAAGGACUGGGGCAGAAGUAUUCUCUGUGUGCCAUCGAAAGCAUGGGAUCCAGGACUGAUGUUUACAAUGACAAGAUCAAGUCUUUGAAGGCAGGCGGAGGGGGCAAUGAUGGAGAACCCUGCAGGGAUAGAGUGGAGUGUUAUUUAGCCCUGGGCUAG